AUGGAACUCUUAGAUGCAGUGUUUAGCUGGUUGGAAUACGCCACGAACCCGUUUGUCUCCAUCGUAAUUGCCUGCCUCCUGUAUCCUAUGGCGGAAGGACACGACGACGAUGUGAAUUCUUACUUUCACGUGUCGAUCAUUUUCCACGAUUUGAUUCGACGCAGCCCGGCGAUCAUGGUGAACGAUCGGCAGCUAUGGCUCGCCGGCCUCGUCGGCUUGGAUCCGGAAACAGGGGAUUUGGUCUCAGACGAUGUGGCCGAUCAGACUCGCCAGGCUCUCACGAACAUGGGUUCCGUCCUCGAGCACGCCGGUGCAAGUUACAAAAACGUGGUGAAGACGUCGGUGUUCUUGACCGAUAUCAAUGACUUCCAAGCCAUGAACGAGGUCUACAAAACCUUUUUCCCGGAGAAUCCACCAGCGAGAUCCGCCUAUCAAGUCGUUGCUCUACCCAAGUCGCGAGGAGACGAAUGUAGGAUGAGUUCUUUCGUGAGGAAAGUCGUUCGACCGCCGACCAAAGUGUCUGCCAUCGGGCAUUACAGAACCCCUUGGUUCUCUCGAUGCUCCCGGCCGGCGACAGGCGGAAGGACACGACGACGAGGUGAAUUCUUACUCUCAGGUGUCGAUCAUUUUCCACGAUUUGAUAUUCGACGCAGCCCAGCGAUCAUGGUGAACGAUCGGCAGCUAUGGCUCGCCGGCCUCGUCGGCUUGGAUCCGGAAACGGGGGAUUUGGUCUCGGACGAUGUGGCCGAUCAGACUCGCCAGGCUCUCACGAACAUGGGUUCCGUCCUCGAGCACGCCGGUGCAAGUUACAAAAACGUGGUGAAGACGUCGGUGUUCUUGACCGAUAUCAAUGACUUCCAAGCCAUGAACGAGGUCUACAAAACCUUUUUCCCGGAGAAUCCCCCAGCGAGAUCCGCCUAUCAAGUCGUUGCUCUACCCAAGAAUGCUCGUGUGGAGAUCGAAGCUGUAGCGAUUGCUGGUGAAGUGUUGGAUGUCCCAGUCAUCAAACAGUGAUCACACCAUUCCAGUCCAUUACGCGUAUCCUGAAGUAGUCUGAUGAUGCAUGAGAUUCCAUUUGGGGAUGAAUUCUCAUGAGCCUGUCUUUUGAUGCAUUUUAUUUCCAUGACCAUAAAGUUACCCC